CACACAAACGCACAGUAUUUAGAACGAUUCAUUCUUGUUGUUAGUAUUCUUGGUCGAAAUGGAAGGGAUCUAAGCGUACCAAAUUUGUCGAUUGGUCGAUCAUUUCAAUAUACUCUUCGUGAUGGCUGCGUCAAAUGCUAACGAUAUUAUCGAGCUAUUGGAGAAGUUUUUAAAAAUUCUCAAAGAGGAACAAGUAUUCGAUCAAUCUGGCGAUCAUCCUGUUGUACAAUUCCUUUAUCCCAAAGAUUUGCAGAACGAGAUAUCAUUUUCUUUGGAGAAUGAGUCAGCGGCCGGUGAGAAAAUUGAGGAGGUGAUACGACAAAUUGUACGGCAUUCUGUGAGAACAUCCAGUCCACAUUUUCAUAAUGAAUUUUAUGCAGGCUUUGACCAGUACGGAUUAGCUGGCUCUUGGUUAACGGAAGUGCUGAACACUAGCAUGAAUAAUUAUGAAGAGGCCCCCGUGUUUACGCUGAUGGAAAAGGAGGUGAUAAAAGCGUCAUUGAAGCUGAUGGGCUAUCCACAAUCACUUCGCGGCGAAGGUAUAAUGACGCCGGAUGGCAAUAUAUCGAUGAUGUAUGCAAUGGUACUGGCUAGGAAUAAUGUUCUAGAUCAAAAUAAAAUAAAGGGAAUCCAGGGAGAUCCACCUUUAGUGUGUUUUACCAGUGAUGCUAGCCAUUAUUCCGUUACGACAGCUGCUGAUUGGUUGGGCUUGGGCACCAAUAAUGUUUACAAGAUAAAGACGGAUCGGUUUGGUCGGAUGCUCGUGAGUGACCUGAAAAGAGCCAUAAAAAAAACGAUACAACAACGGAAAUUACCGUUCUUCGUGAACGCCACCGCCGGCACUCCGGUGUUCGGAGCUGUCGAUCCGUUGCGGGAAAUCGCCACGAUAUGCUGGCUCGAGUCGAUAUGGUUUCACGUAGAUGCUCGCGUUAGUGGUACUCUGAGGUUCUCCAAGGGCCACCGGCAUCGAUUACGAGGCAUUGAACGUUCGAACUCGGUGACCUGGAGUCCGCACAAUAUGCUCGGCGCGCCGUAUCAGUGUUCUUUGAUCCUGACCAGAAAUAGGCUCUUGAUCAAGCAUCAUCAUCACGUCCUUUUGUCCGAUGCAAAUAACGUUGGAGUCGAACAACAUGGCAUAUUUUAUAAAACCGAUUUAGACACAGAUGUUAAGAGUAUACAGUGCAGCAGGAAGGUCGAUGCAAUGAAAUUUUGGUUAAUGUGGAAAGCUCGCGGCACGAUCGGUUUACGGCAAUCGGUGGACCAAGCCAUGUACUGCGCGAAAUACUUCCUGAAACAGAUUAAGAAAACCGUUGGCUUCCGGUCGGUGCUAGACCGUUACGAUACUAACAUUGUUUGCUUUUGGUAUAUACCUCCAAGAAUGCGUAAUCAGGAGGAGACUCUAGCUUGGUGGAAGAGACUGUAUGUUGUCACAGCCGAGAUAAAGAAACGUCUGAUUCUGGAGGGGUCUCUCAUGAUCACUUGUGCGUCGUUACCGCAGCAGAAGCUUAGUAAUUUCUUUCGCAUGGCCCUGAAAUGCCACCCGCCACCUACGAAGUCGUCCAUGGAUUACAUUCUCAAUCAAAUAGAAAGAGCCGGAGCUGACGUAGACGAAACGUUCAUGACUUCUUCCGUUAAUGAGCUUAACAUGCAACAUUAGAGAUCCGUUUUUACUAUAUCCUUAUUACUUAUUCAACUGUUAUAUAAAAGUCCUACUACCUAU